CCACCGCCAUGGACCCCCGCCCAUGCUGCCCCGCGUCUCCGCCGGCCUCGCCCGGCCUGGCGCCCGCCGCUCCCCGCAAGCUGCGCAGGAAACGCCGGCAGCUCGACGCCCUCGUCGGCAUCGGCGUCGGCAUCGGCCGUGACGACGAGGAGGCCGGCGCCGGCGCCGGUGGCGGCCGCCGUCACCACCGCCACCACCGCCGCCACCGCCGCUCCACCUCGUCGCUGGCGAGGUGCAGGGCCCGCGGGGGUCACGAGCUGCUGCUGAGGAGCGGGGACAGCCAGGACAGCCGGGACAGCCGGGACAGCCGGGACAGCGGCAGCAGCAGCAGCAGCAGCGGCGGUGGUGGUUGUGGUGGUGGUGGUGGUGGCGGUGGGAAGAGGAGGGGUGGUGGAGAGUGGAGAGGAUUCGUGAAGAGGUUACGGAGCAAGACGCUCUGCUGCUGCUGCUGUUCCCGCGCUCCCUGGCUCCUGCUCCUGGCUCUGGCCGGGUUUUGCGGACUCGCUUGGCUCAGCUGGCUCAUCACGGCGCUCCGAGCGGACCUGGAGCACGCCCAGGGACAGAUACGGAGCCUAGUAGAGGCCAAUCAAGCCGCUGCCGCGGCUUCCUCACCGGGCGAGCUGUCCUCCCUCACCGCGGACGUGACGGCACUUAAACAGGAGGUACGGACAUUGGGCGUUCGACACGGCGAGACACGCGGAGUGAUGUCCGGUUUCUCCUCGGAUCUGGAGGAGCUGCGUCUGGCGGUGAAAGCUUCUCCUGACUUGACACGGAUAGAGCAGGCUGUAGAGUCUCUACGUAGCGAGACACAGGCCAGGAGAGAAGUGGAGGUUCAGCUCACACUUCGUGUCGCUGCGCUUGAGGAAGAGGUCACCCCAGCCGGAGCGGCUCCUCCCCCCGCGGUAGCGACGGUCGCCACGGCGACCGUCGCCAUGGCGACGGUCGCCACGGCGACUGGGCACCCUGCGGUCUCCAAGGCGACGGGCGAAGAAAUAGCGGGGAAGAUAGCGGAGGCCGUGUCUGCGCUGAACUUGUCCCUCUGCUCGCUGCUCGGAGCCACGGAGCUCCGCGUCGGGGCCGCGGAGCUCCGCCUGGGCGUCGCCGAGCUCCGCGUGGGGGACACGGAGCUCCGCGUGGGGGACACGGAGCUCCGCGUGGGGGCCGUGGAAACGGUUACCCAGGGCAACGGUGCCCACCUCCGCAGCGUGGUGAGACACUGGGAGAACGUGCGUGUGUGUUCAUGUGUGUUCAUGU